UUAGUUCUUACCCUGUUACACUACCCAGAGGGAGCCAUGGCUGCAGAGAACCCCAUGGAAAGUCUCCAGGAGGAAGCUACAUGUCCCAUUUGUCUGGAGUAUUUUAAGGACCCAGUGAUUACAAACUGUGGGCACAAUUUCUGCCGAGCCUGCAUCAGCCAGUGCUGGGAGGGAUCCGAUACAGCCGCCUCCUGCCCUCAGUGCAGAGAAACUGUGCAAGAGAGAAACCUCAGGCCCAACAGGCAGCUGGCAAACAUGGUAGAAAUUGCCAAUCGGCUGAGUUUACAGGCAUAUGAGGCAGCGAAGGGAGCAGGAGGAGAUGGGGUGUGUGGGGAACACCAGGAAGCUCUGAAACUAUUCUGUAAAGAUGAUGAAACUUCGAUCUGUCUGGUUUGCCAUCUGUCCCAAGCGCACAGAGCUCACACGGUGGUACCCGUAGAGGAAGCUGCCCAGGAGUACAAGGAAAAACUUCAGGCCCAUUUGAAGACUCUGAGGGAAGAGAGAGAAAAGCUGCUGGAAUUAAAAGUGACUGGAGAAGGGAAAAGCUGGGAGUAUCUGAUAGAGACACAAACCGAGAGGCAGAAGAUUGUGUCUGAAUUUCAGCAACUGCAGCAGUUCCUGGAGGAACAAGAGCGACUCCUGCUGGCCCAGCUGGACAAGUUGGACGAGGAGAUUGUGAGGAUCCAGAAUGAAAAUGUCAGUAAACUCUCCGAGCAGAUUUCCCAUCUCAGUGAGCUGAUCAGUGAGCUGGAGGGGAAGUGUCAGAAGCCAGCAAGUGAAUUCCUGCAGGAUGUCAGAAACACCUUGAGCAGAUGUGAGAAGGGGACGUUCCAGCAGCCAGAGGAGAUUUCUCCUGAACUGGAAGAGCGGGUCAAUGGUUACUUCCAGAAAACUAUUGCACUAUUGGAGACUCUGAGGAAGUUCAAAGACGCUCUGCCAUCUGCACUGGAGACAAAAAGAGGGGAACCACUCGGAGCACACAGACAGGUGAAUGUGACUCUGGAUCCAGACACGGCUCAUCCUGACCUCAUCCUGUCUGCGGAUUGGAAAAGUGUGAGAUGGGGAGACACAUGGCAGGAUCUGCCCCGUGACCCUGAGAGAUUUGACACUGCGCUGUGUGUGCUGAGCUGUGAGGGAUUCACCUUGGGGAGACAUUGCUGGGAGGUGGAGGUGGGGGAUGGGGAACGCUGGGCUGUGGGGGUGGCCAGAGAAUCUGUAAGGAGGAAGGGGGUGAUCAGCCUGAGCCCUGAGGAAGGAAUCUGGGCUGUGGAGCGGUGGUGGGGUCAGAUCCGGGCUCUGACCUCCCCUAUAACCCCCCUGCCAUGGCACCGGGCCCCCAGCAGGAUCCGGGUUUGUCUGGAUUGUGACCGGGGGCAGGUGACAUUUAUCAAUGCUGGUGACGAGGCCUCGAUCUUCACUUUCCCGUUGGGCUCCAUCCCUGGGGAGAGAAUCCGACCCUGGCUCUGGGUGGGGCCAGGAUCCCAGCUCAGACUGUGUCCCUGAGACACGGGGGGGGGGGGGGGGCGGGAGUGGGGGGUGGAAUAUCCUACUGGGGGUCCUGAGAUCAGCCUCUCUAGCCUCACACACCCUAGUCUGUAUGAUCUCUGCCUGUGGACUUUCUAUCAUGCCGUCUCUGUGUGACCCUGGAGGUUGCUUUGGGUCUCAACUCCGUGCAGCCUCUGGACUGUCAAGCCAUAGAGAGCAUUCAAGUGAGCGAGGUAGAGAAGCCAAUUUCAUUGCCCUAGAAAAAAAUACUGAUCACGCACUGGCAAGCAUCUCCUUUCCCCCCACCCCCCGGCUGCCUGCUGGGGGUGGGCCCCGCCAAUCAGCUCAUCAGCAUCCCCUCCAGGGCCUCCCACCCACCACCAUCAGCUGUUUACCGGCGGGGAUGGGUGAGGAGGGGCAGGAAGAGGUGGGGCGGGCCUGGGCAAGGCAUGGCCCAGAUGCUGGGAGUGGAAGGGCUGGGAAGCCCCUACCAGGCCAGCCACUGAGACACUGCUCUGCAUCACUGCACGGCAGCUGCCUGAGAAAGCCUGGCUGGGGAGGUGAUUUCUGCUCCCUGCCUGGGUUCGGGUGCCAGAGUUUGGCACCCGAGCCCAGGUAGGGAGCGAAAGCGACCUUCCCAGCCAGACUCUCUCAGGCAGCCACCCCAGCAAGAGGGGCUGGUGUUAAAAGUGGCUCCUUCCUGCUCCUCUCUGGGCUCCUGCCCGCCAGAGACAGCAGCUGAACAUGCUAUGAGGAGGGGCUGAUGCAGUGGGAGGAAAAAGCGCACACCCACACACCCCGCAGGUAGCAUUAGGGCGCCCAGAGCGGGUUCGGGCCCCCGUGAAAUUUUUUUCCCCCACCCCCCAGCAAGGGUGGACCGGCUAAGAGGAGGAGGGAAGCCGGGCCCCGGACCCCCUUCU